GGACGCCUGCCGGGCGAGCGGGCGGCAGGCGCUGCGCGGGCAGGCGCGGCGGCGGGGUCCUCGGCGGCGGGGUGACAUUCAGGGCGGCAUGGCGCAGGCGGCGCAGAAGCUGGUGCAGCGGGUGGCGGUCCGCGGGCCGCAGCUGCUCAGCGCCGCCGUCGCGUACUCCAGGCCGCGCCUGGCCACGUUCUGGUUCUACGCCAAGGUGGAGCUGGCCCCGCCGACCCCCGCGGAGAUCCCGCGGGCCAUCGACAGCAUGAAGGGGCUGGUGCGCGCCUUCCAGAGCGGCCGCCUGCGGCAGCUCACGGUGAAGGAGGCGCUGCAGAACGGGCUGGUGGCCACAGAGGUGCUGAUGUGGUUUUACAUCGGGGAGAUCAUCGGCAAGCGCGGCCUGAUCGGCUACAACGUCUGAAGACGCGUCCUUGGCGGCACCAUCUGCGGUGCUGCAGUCCCGCGUCUGUGGCAGGGUCUGUGACAAUAAAGACGGGAACCCAUGUCAA